UCUGUGGUAAGUGCAUGUUGAGAGAGAACAGAAAGAUGAUGCGGUGAAAAGGGAGCAAAAAAAAGGGGGUAAAAACAGGAUUUCCUACACACUGGUAUGUGCCGCUGCCUACGUUACUAUAUAAUCUCACAGGAGAAAAGUCAUCUUCAGUGAGUCUUACCUCCACAGGACCGCAAACGCUGACAGACGCCCUUCGGACCUCACCCAGGGAGGAAAUAUUACACUAUUUGAGUAACAAUCCCGAGGAGAUUGUGUGAUUCUGGACGAAACGAAAGUACGCCGCAAUUCCACCAGUCAGUCUGUUGCCUGCCUAUCAUCCCCUGGGUCAGAGAUGACUGCCUCCAAGCCCCUGUUCCUCUCAGCCAUUAUGAUCCUCAGCAUCUCCUCUUAUAUGCUCCACCAGAGGCUCCUACUGCUGGCUCAGACAGGGACCGCUCAUCAACACGAACCCAGGAACCUCACCAUCCUGCUGUGGCACUGGCCCUUCGGCCGUCCCUACAGCCUGGAGGGAGAUGUGUGCAGCGACGAGUACGCUAUCCCAGACUGCCUCCUCAGUGACAACACCUCCCUGUUCCCCCAGGCAGACGUGGUGGUCUUCCACCACCAUGAGCUGAAGACAGGCCGCUCUGCCCUGCCUCUCCACCUCCCCCGGUCAGUCUCCCAGCGCUGGCUCUGGCUGUCCCUUGAGCCCCCGGUGCACAAUGGCAACCUGACCCAGUACAACGGACUGUUCAACUGGACCAUGAGCUACCGAGGCGACGCUGACAUAUCCAUGCCCUAUGGGAAGAUAGUUCCGGUUCCACAUAACGGUAUCAGUAACGGUAGCAGCUAUGUGAUCCCCAAGAAGGGGGCUUGUCUGGCCAGCUGGGUGGUCAGCAACUACAGGCCGGACCAUGCCAGGAGUCAAGUCUACCAGAGCCUGAGGAAGUACAUUCCCAUAGAGGUGUAUGGACACUGGUCAAAGAGGCCACUGACCGACCAAAGGCUGAUACCUACCAUUGGCCACUGUAACUUCUACCUGGCUUUUGAAAACUCAGUGGCAUUGGACUACAUAACUGAGAAGUUGUGGAGGAAUGCCUACCAAGCAGGGGCAGUACCUGUGGUUCUGGGGCCCACUCGGGCUAACUAUGAGGCCCUUGUGCCACCAGGCUCGUUCAUCCAUGUCAGUGACUUCAAUAGCACAGAGGGGCUGGCUGUCUUCCUACAGCAGUUGGCCACAGACAGAGGACGCUACGAGGGUUACUUCAAGUGGCGUCAGACACAUAGAAUCAAGAUGUACACAGACUGGAGAGAGAGGCUCUGUAAUAUCUGUGUCAACUAUCAAAGACUACCAGGUAACAAGGUGUACUACGAUCUGGAGGCAUGGGCCAGUAGAUAACAUCACAGAUGCUUUUGCUACUGUAGGUUGUUUUGUACUACAAUAUGUUCAAGAACUUGUACAGUAGCCUGUUUUUUCCCCCAUGCAAAACAGCAGUCUGCAGUGAAACUUGAAAUGCAUUCAGUGCUUCUGCACCUGCAUUGCUUGCUGUUUGGGGUUUCAGGCUGGGUUUCUGUACAGCACUUUGAGAUAUCAGCUGAUGUAAGAAGGGCUAUAUAAAUACAUUUGAUUUGAUUUGGUUCAGUCCUGGUGGUGGGCCACUUUCCCAUCAUCUUGAUGACAUUACAACAUUGACUUUUGUUCCCUAAUUCAGAAACACCACAGGAAAGGGAAGUCAUUCCUCUAACACCCAUAUUUCUGACACAAUAAAUGUUUAGUUCAUAUGUUAGAUGCUUUGAUUUAUUAUUAGUAGUACGUAGUAUGUGUUUUUUUCUGGAGCUAAUCAGGUUGACAAAUGUGGGUGGGCAAGUGGGAGGGAUAGGGAAGGCUCAGAGGACAAACAAGGGAUUUUCGGGAUUCAGAGCGGUUUCACUUUUGUAAAAAUGUAUGCUUUUUAAAACUUCAAUAAAAAAAGGAGGGGAAAAAAUGGAAAUAAGGAAAUGACACAACCGUGCAGGCUAGCUAGACCAUGAUGCAAUUGUAAUGGCACAAGACAAUGUCUUUCCCGGCAGUAAUAUUGAAUCUAUGAAAGCUUACCCUCAAUAUUAUUGUCGGGAAAGACAACAUUGUCUUGUGCCAUUACCAUUGCACCAUGGUCUAGCUAGCCGACACGGUUGUGUCAUUUCCUUAUUUCCAUCAUUUUCUUUUUCGUCCUUUUUUAUUGAAGUUUUUUUUUAUUGAAGUUUUAAGCAUACAGUAUAGUUCAUACCCUUUCUUUAGGCAUAAUGACUAAUGCAAGUCAGUUGCCAACCUUAGCAUGACUUACUCGAUUUAAGCCCUUGGCUCUUAUGGGGAGAAUAGGCUGAUGAAUGUCCUCCAUCACACUUGGUUCAGGGUUUUCCAGAUCACACCAAUUGAGGCUGUUCUCUCUCCUCCCAAGUCCUUCUGGGUCAACCCCUGUUUCUUUUCCCCUGAAAAAGAAUAGUAAACCAUAAACAAAAUCCCUGUGCCAAUACUCACGCAAUCCCUCUCAGAGAGAUUACUGUGCAUUAAAAGUUCUGCAUGUCACUCAAUUCAAACUACCUCCUCUGUAACCUGAUGUAACUGUAUGACCAAUAGUGAUGCAUAUUAUUGGAUUUCUAGUUCCAAUGAAAGUUACACACACCAACGUUGCAUCUCAAAUGGUACCCUAUUACCUACAUAGUGAAAUUUAUAGGGAAUAGUGUGCCAUUUGGAAUACACACUUAGUUUCUGGAGAUGUUGCUUUAUAAUCUCUAUAUCUAUGGAUUCAGGGAACAAUAAUUGACCACUAUGCACAUAUAGCUCUGGCCACCAGAUGUCAUGAUUGCCUAAAAACUGAAUAACAUAUGGAAACAAUAAAGAUAUGCUUUUUACAUUU